GACCCCAUACAUUCACAGGCCAGCCGUAGCUAGUUAGCAGAAAACAUAAACACCAGUCCAUCUCUGGGGACAGAGAGACGCUUCUUUCUUUCUUUUUUAGCAGUUUAGCUUUUGUUUUCUCUGCUGAAAUUGAUCGGAGAAUAACUACACGAUGCGGUAGUUGAGCUGCAUUUCUUAUGGUCAGCUAUGUUUGCUCUGAUCUCGGGGAAACCAAGGCCUUGAAGUUGUCCUGCUAACGGACGCCAAUGAUUCAGCUAGAGAAACCAGUGCUGACUGGUACCAUGCCCGUGGUAUGGCCCACCAUCCUCGACCUGGGCAGGGAUGAGUGCAAAAGAAUUCUCCGUAAACUGGAGCUGGAGGCGUACGCUGGGGUUAUCAGUGCUCUGCGUGCCCAAGGAGACCUUACAAAGGACAAGAAGGAUCUGCUGGGAGAACUCACUAAAAUCCUCGGUAUCUCAACAGAGCGGCAUCGUGCAGAAGUCCGCAGGGCUGUCAACGAUGAACGCCUCACCACCAUCGCAUAUCACAUGUCAGGUCCCAACAGCUCGUCCGAAUGGUCCAUUGAAGGACGCCGGCUUGUUCCCUUGAUGCCGAGGCUGGUCCCUCAGACAGCCUUUACUGUGACUGCUAAUGCCGUGGCCAGUGCCACAGCCAAUCAGAAUGCCUCUCUUCUGUUGCCAGCUGAAACGGGAAACAAAGAAGUGGUUGUAUGUUACUCUUACACAAGCACCACCUGCACCUCCACCAGCGCUACAGCGACGAGUGGCACCAUAGGAGCAACUGUGAAAUCGCCACGACCACCCAGUCCUUCAUCAAACGUGGUGGUGCUGCCCAGUGGGAGCACUGUGUAUGUUAAAAGUGUCAGCUGUUCCGACGAGGACGAGAAACCUCGCAAGCGAAGGCGAACCAACUCGUCCAGUUCGUCGCCUGUGAUGUUGAAGGAGGUCACCAAGGUGUCCCCACAGAUAUCCAAGAACAUCACGGUGCCGGUGAGCGGCAGCCCCAAGAUGAGCAACAUCAUGCAGAGCAUCGCCAACUCGCUCCCACCCCACUUGUCCCCUGUCAAGAUCACCUUCACCAAGCCCACCAUCCAGACCACCAACACCACCACACAGAAGGUGAUCAUCGUGACAACUUCUCCCAGCUCCAACUUUGUGCCCAACAUCCUGUCCAAGUCUCACGCUCACAACAAUGCCGCUCUGGCAAAGCUGGGCUCCACCUCCAUGCUGACCACGCCCACUCAGAAACAGACCGUGGUCUUCCCAGCUAGUUCGAGCCCUUCCGCCAAUGCAACCACCGUCGCAGUGACCACAGUGGUCUCCUCUACUCCUUCAGUGGUCAUGUCAACUGUCGCAUCAUGUGCUGCUUCAGCUGGAGUGAAGGUGGCUUCAGCCAGGCUUCCUUCACCUAAGACCAUGGUGGGGUCACCGGCUCAGAUCCUGGCCCAGUUCCCCAAACAGCAGUCACCCAAACAGCUGCAGAGUUCACCUUUAGGAGCUUGUAGUGUCAGCCAGACCCAGACCACCAGCAGCUCACCGGGUUCGAAACCCACCAUCCAGAUCAAACAAGAAUCCGGGGUCAAGAUAAUCACUCAGCAGGUUCAGCCGAGUAAAAUCCUGCCCAAGCCUUCAUCAGUGGCUCUGUCCAGCAGCAGCUCUUCACCCAUCAUGGUCGUUAGUAGCAACGGGGCCAUCAUGACCACAAAACUGGUCACACAGCCCACAGCCACCCAGGCCACUUAUACAAGACCCACUGUGAGCCCUGGCAUCGGCGCCAGAAUAUCAGCCUCCAGUGGUGGGACCACCUACGUCAAGACGACCAGCGGCAGCAUCAUCACAGUGGUGCCCAAGUCUCUGGCCACUCUGGGUGGGAAGAUCAUCAGCAGUAACAUCGUCUCUGGCACGACGACUAAGAUCACCACCAUCCCCAUGACCUCCAAGCCAAAUGUCAUUGUGGUUCAGAAGACCACAGGAAAGGGAGCGACCAUCCAAGGACUGCCGGGCAAGAACGUGGUCACCACACUUUUAAAUGCCGGGACUCUGUGUUUACCUCAGGGUGAGAAGGGCCUGCAGGCUGUUCAAGGGACCAAGCCAGCGAUCAUCACGGCCUCCAGACCCAUCACCAAGAUGAUCGUCACCCAGCCCAAAGGCAUGAGCUCUGGAUCUCAGUCCACUGCCACCAAGAUCAUCCCAACCAAGAUCGUCUACGGCCAGCAGGGCAAGACGCAGGUUCUCAUCAAGCCUAAGCCAGUUUUCCAGACAGCAGUGGUGAGUGAACAAACCAGGCAGCUGGUCACUGAGACACUGCAGCAGGUGACCCGCUCAGCAGACAUCGGACAGGGUCAGACCUCAGGCCAGGAUGGAUCCACAAAGGACGAUUCAGGCAGCUCAGCCGGCGAGGCCUCCCAUGGAAGUGCUCAGGAACCUCAGCCUGUAGUGCAUGUGGUGUCCUCCAGAGAGCAGGAUUGGACAGAGCAGGAAGUAUCUGUGGAGUCAAGCCCCACUAUCAUCUACCAGGAGGUCUCUGGUGGGGAAUCACAGUCCGCCACUUCGACCAUAAAAGCUUUGCUGGAGCUACAACAGACGACAGUGAAGGAGAAGGGAGAGUCCAAACCCAGACAGCACACCAUCGAUCUCAGCCAGAUGGCUGUGCCCAUCCAGCUGGCCCAGGAGAAGAAGCCCAGCCCAGAGUCCCCCAGACCCUCCACCUCAGAGGCAGAACCCAGCACUGAGUACGUCCCUGCAGGUAAAGUCAGCCGAGUGGGAGUGUCCUCAGAGGGCGACGACGUGGUCAUGUCCUCCAGUCAGCAGCUGGGGAAGCCUUUCAAAAUCAGCAGCCAGGUCACCGUGGUAACCAAACCAGCUGCUGUUGUCUCCGCAGCAGCGGCGUCACAGGCCAGCCACAUGCCUUCAGACAGCCACAGUAAAUCUGAGGCCGUGUUAGAGGUGGGCGAGAUGGAAGGCGACACCCUGGACCCGCAGACGGGCUUGUUUUACCGCUCCAGCCAACCAGCUACAGACUCCACAAAGCAAGUCCCACUCUCUGCAGGCGCCCAGCCACCUCCCUUGACCCAGGCAGAGCCUGAGCAGAGCCGGCACAGCUCCACCUCCACCUCCAUCCAGCCACAGCCGCCACCGCCCCCGCUGCCACAGCUGCAGAGCAAACCUCAGAUCAGCCAACCUGCAUCUUCCUCCACCGCCUUCCCCUCCACUCCUCCUCUGACUAAGAAACUGCCAAAACUACGAGAGCAGACUCAACCCAAGCUCCAGGCUUUAACCCAGAGCCCCAAAGACAGACCUCUGACUGCACCUGCCCAAACCGGGGCAAAGGUCACAAGCCCGGGAACGACAACCAAGCCUCUGGUGACGCCGCAGCUCCCGAAGCUCCAGCAAGCACCCACGUCCCACCACAGACCCCUGCACACACCCAUGUCCCACCCUCCUCCACUGCAGGCGCACCACCCAGUCAGCACUGAAAAAACUGCCUCCAGUCAGCAGCCAAUCAUCACACAGAGCGCCACCGUCACCAAGAUCACCUUCGGGAGCUCCCACCAUUCAACGCCAGUCUUCAGCAGCGGCGAGGCCACCGCCAAACUGAUCCCCGAGUCCAGCUCCGGCUCCUCAGGAGACAAGCCCUCGGUGUCGGACAUCCUGAAGAUCUCCAUGAUGGAGGCGGAGAUCGACCCGAGCACAGAGCCCAUGGUUGUGGAUUCCUCCAGCGACUGCGGCCCUCUGGGGAAAGCCCUGGAGGUUCAGGCCGUGUCAGGCACACUGGACUCGGGCCAGUUCAUCAGCAGCUCUGGGGCCUCCAUGCAUCAUUCCCACACAAAGUCCCAGCAGUUCAGCUGCAUGCAGGGCCUCACGGCGCAGAGGAGCAAAGAGGACCUGGAGGUCAUUGAGGUGAUUCCUCAGUACUCCAUCCUGCCCGACUCCAGCCAAUCCAACGUGGUGGUGGAGCCCAGUGGCUUCCUGGAGAUCACCAACUACACCAGCCAGCAGCUGGAGGAGGACAGCCCCAUGGAGCAGGAGGUGGACAGCAGCAACGACGAGGCCACGGCAGCCAGUCCCCCGGACCAACCAUAGCCACCCCAUGCUGGAGACGCUGAAGGGAUUUGACUGAUUGAUUUGUUUGUGGACAAAGACUUUCUGGCUGUUUUUAUGGUGCAGAUGUUUUUGUGUAAAUAUUAGUUUGUUCAUAAUAGGUAUUUUUUUUCCACCCCACAGCUAAUGGCACGUGUUUUUUAUUGCCAGUGAGGAGCACUGGGUGUAAAAUGGGGGACCGCGGUAAAAUGAUUAGUUUUAGUGCAACCCCAGACAGCUGGAAAGCAGCCUCUCCAAACAUACAGGACUUAAUUGUUCCAGUAUGUUAACUUUUUUUUUUUGCAGGACUUUGUAAGACCGUUAAAUAUUCAUGAAAUUGAUUAUUUGGAAUUUUUUGGCACUGUGCCUGGUGUCACUGUGCGUCAUUUCAGAAACAUACUGCCAGAUCAGACAACCACAGACAGACUCAGACAAAGUCACUCAGACUCUUUGUACAGAUUUUCGGACAUCUUCUUUUAAUGACCUGAAGGUUUUUACCGCCACAUGAACAGUAAUUUCUUUUGACUUGUAAAUCCCAAACACAAUUUUUUUUUUUUUUUUUUUUUUUUUCACAAAGUUUUCAGAAGAGAGAACAAAGCUGAAGCAGGAGUCCUGGAGGGAAGGAUCGAGUCCAACAUAUGUGUCACUGUUCAUUGUAACUGAUGUAAAGUAAAAAAAAAAAAACCACGAUUUUGAUGAAGAUUUUGCUCCUUUUCUAAGAUAGUCUGGAGUUUGAAAAGUUGCUGUGAGAAUUUCACGAAGUAUGCAUUUGUUUUUGUUUUUUGCAUAGUGUGUUUUAAACUAUGCAUUUCUUUUAUACCUUUUCAAACUAGAUGACUAGUUGAGGGGAAAAAAAUCAUUUAAUCUGCACAAUAAAUCUGCUGAGUAGAACAUGUCAGUUUAUACUGUGUUAUUGGUUGUAGAAAGACAAAAUGAGGGAGUCACAGUGUUUAAAACUCUCCUCCAGACAUAUUUUAUGACAUAAAGAUACCCUGCUUUGAA